AUGCCAGUUGUCGUCCAGCAGAGGGCGCACUGCCCCCGUCGCUCCUCUAUGUGUGAUCCUGCUCACGUGACCUCUCUCCUCCAUCCUCCACAGAGCCUCCAGUCCUUCAGCUCCACUGUCCCUGAGGACUAUACCCGGAUUCCAGCUUCUGCUUCUCCGCUCGACAGCCCCUGCGCCAUGGCGGACCGUGCGCUGCUGGACGUGUCCGGGCUCCCCAAGCAGAUCCGCGACCAGCUGGCGGAGUUGGACCUGGAGCUGUCCGAAGGGGACAUCACACAAAAGGGCUACGAGAAGAAAAGGACGAAACUACUGGCCCCGUUCUUCAUCCAGGCGCCUCCAGUGGCGCCGGCUCCUCGUAACAAUGUGCAGGCCGCCGCCCCUUCCUCCUCAGGCCACGCCCCCUCUGCGGCCAAUGCGUCGCGCUACAGAGAGCGGCGCUCCAAGAGGUCGCACCGCAGCGGAGGCACGCGCGACGACCGCUACAGAUCUGAUAUCCACACGGAGGCGGUGCAGGCGGCUCUGGCCAAACACAAAGAGGAGAAGAUCGCGCUGCCCAUGCCGACCAAACGCCGCUCCACCUACGUCCAGUCGCCCAUCAACACUCGCACGCCGCCAGACUCGUCCUCGGGCUCUGAAGACGACUCGUCCAGCCGCAGACAAUCCACAGGAGCUGCUCCGAUGCCUCAGGUCCCCCCCACUCUCCAGACGAGUUUCCAGGCGAGCCCGUCCCUGCAGAGUCCUGAGGCCUGGAUAAACCGCACGGUCCAGGGCUCCUCCACCUCCUCCUCGGCCUCCUCCACCAUGUCCCACGGAGAGGCCAAACCGGCCCAGGCCCAGCCCCAGUACAAGCCCCAGUACCAGCCUUUGUAUCAGCCCAACGCCGAGACCAACGCCGCCACGGUCUCCAACCUGCUCGCCCACAGCCGCAUCGCUGCGGCUGAGAACAGUGCACCACCUCCAGAUGUGACCGCUGUAGUCCCGCCUGCCACCACCAGAGGGCCCCGCGUGGACCGUCCCUCCAACGCCACCGUGCGGGGGAUGAACCGAAUCCAGAGCCGCUCCAGUAUGAUGGAGACUGCAGACGCGCGUGGUAAUCUCCAGAGAGUUCCAGUAAACAGUCGCGUCUCCACUAAAAUCCAGCAGCUCCUUAACACGUUGAAGAGGCCCAAGCGACCGCCGCUCAGCGAGUUCUUCACCGACGACUCAGAGGAGAUUGUGGAAGUGCCCCAGCCGGACCCCAACACGCCAAAGCCCGAGGGCAGACAGAUCAUCCCAGUGAAGGGGGAGCCUCUGGGGGUGGUCAGUAACUGGCCCCCUGCACUCCAGGCGGCUUUGGCUCGAUGGGGUGCGACCCAGGGCAAGAGUCCUGCUCUGACCGCCCUGGACAUCACCGGGAAGCCCCUCUACACACUCACUUAUGGAAAGUUGUGGAGCCGCAGUGUGAAGCUGGCCUACACACUCCUGCACAAACUGGGCACAAAGAAUGAGCAAAUCCUGAAGCCUGGAGACCGGGUGGCGCUGGUGUACCCCAACAGUGACCCGGGUAUGUUCUGGGUGGCCUUCUACGGCUGUCUGCUGGCUGAGGUCAUCCCUGUGCCCAUCGAGGUCCCACUGUCCCGAAAGGUCAGUGAGUAUACAGCAGCUUACUAA